UGGAAAUUCCCAUUUCUAAAGAGCAGCCACAUUUAUUCACAAGUCACUCUGAUCCCUAAAACUGCUUGGAAAACUACUACAGUACCUGAACCGAACGAGAAAUAUGGGAAACUACAUCAGCAUCAUUUACACCAAGAUAGCUAACUGGCAGAAACCAGUGUGUUCACUACAUAAAAAAGAGUUGGAAUUUUAUUGCAAUGUUUGUAAAACUCCAAUUUGUCAAAUAUGCACUAACAAAGACCACAAAAAAGCUGAAGGAAAGCAUGAACCAAUCAGAGCUUCCGAUGCAUUCAAUGACUUCAAAGCAACAGCUAAUUCCUUGAUGGUUCCGGCGGAUUUCCACAAACAACAGGCACAAGUUGGGAUAUGCAAAUGUAUUGCAAAUGUCUCCGAAUUUGAUUACACUAGAAAUUAUAUUACAAAAGACAUCAACGACACCGUGGAAGAAAUAGUUAGAUUAGUAAGAGAAUCAGGAUCAGCUUUAGAAAGGAAGUUAGGUGAUAUUUGUGGGAAAAAGGACUGCAACUCUCAGAUUGACAAACUCAAAGCAAAUAUAACAGAUGUUGAAGAAAAACAAGAUUGCAUCAAGAAAUUAUUGACAUGUGGUGAAGCAACAGCUCUCCUUACAUGUCACCAGGCAGUACAAGAACUACAACAAAAGAUUGCUGUCUUUCCAGAGACAAAACCUAGAGAUGAUGUGAAGGCUUACUUCUAUUCAACAAAACAUCAUGUUUUAAGUUAUUUAAAGAAACAGGGAAUAGGUAGUGUUAGUGAAAACCCAAAUGAAAAUAUUUUUGAAAUUGUAUCUGAAAAUCCAAUUACUGUGACAUGUUAUCAACCUUUCCGUAUUGAAAUUACACAAACAUAUGAAUGUGAAAUAGACAUCAAUGACCUGACGGUAUCAAAGGAGAAGACGACACCUUCCUCAAAGCAACCGGAGGAAUGCACUUCUCCAUUUAGCAGAAUUGUUCAGUUUCAGGGAAAAUAUUUUGUUGAAGGAUCCUCAAAAUCAGAUUUGACAUUGGAUGUCAAGUUUUGUAACUCUCCAAUAAAAGGAUCUCCAAUUAAAAUCAUUGUUGAACCUGUUGGAAUUGUACGAUCUAUCACAAAUAUUGGUCAAUCUACAGGUAUUAUGAGGAAUUAUCACGAAGGAAUCCAAGACUUUGUGAUGUUUGAAAAUGGUAGUUUUUUAGUUGUUUGCACCUGUAAAUAUGAGAUCUUUAAAUUUGAAAACACAGGGGCAUACAUCAGUACAAUUAAAUUACCAAACAGUGAAAAAAUUUUUAGAAUAUGCAAACUAAAAAAAACCCACAAAUCAAUAUGUUGUAUUACCAAUAUAAUACAAGAUAGAGAAUCCACAAUAUAUUUUGUGAGUGAAGAUGGUCAGGUGAUCAAAUCAAUAUUAAUUGAUAAUAAUAUAUACUCUAAACCAACUCCAUCUGGUAUUGAUGUGAAUGAUGCCUCAGAAACAGUUUAUGUUGCCUAUCAAACUGAGCAUUAUGUGAAAACAUAUAACAUGUUAAAAGAAAAUUCCCAAAAUGGAUAUAGAUUUGGAUAUGGAUACCGGAAUAAGGGUAGUCUUGAAGGACAAAUGAAAGGUCCUUCUGAUGUUGCUGUAACAAAAGAAGGGAAUCUUAUUGUGUCUGAAACUGACAAUCACAGAGUGCAAUUAUUUGGCUCUGAUGGUAAAUGCAUUAAAGUUCUUAUUGGUGGAGGGGAUAAAGAUGGGAUGGUGAUAAGGCCCUCCAGAGUAGAUGUUGAUUAUGAUGACAACAUUAUUGUAGUGAGUGAACACAAAGUACAAUUAUUUGACAAGCAUGGCAAGUUCCUUAGAGUGAUUCAUCAACUUGACAAAGGAGAAGAUAAGAAUUUUGUGAUUUCUAUUGCCUCACAUUAUCCUCGAAGACUUGCAAUAGCAGAAGUAAAUUCAAUUAUGAUUAAUGUAAUUAAUUAUUAG